GAACUCCCAACUCCGCCAUUAACCUCCAAUCUUCAACUACCGCCACGCAAAUAAUGCGCGCCUUGAUGCGUCGAACGCUAUAAUCAACUUCAUUGGAAGCAUUCGCAUCCCUAAAAAAUAGCACAAAUAUCAUACUAAGUCCCCAAUAUGUCGUCGUCCAAGCAGCAUCGGCCGUCAGUGCUGGUCACCGACUCCCGCGAGCGCAAUAGUCAAAGAAGAGCAGCACCCAGACCAGAUUCAUUUUCGAGAUCACCGGGCCGAGUCCCUAUGCGUUUCAUGACAGUCGAUAAUGUGCUCCAGUACAACACGCAAAUCCCCUCUGGCCAACCACGCGACGGUCCAGUCCCAGCACAGCGAGGCAGCUCAUCUAUAGCAAACAUGUACAGCUCAAGGAGAACGCCCUCAGGCGGACUACCGAAUAUCCCGUCGCGCACCGGUCAGCCGAUGCCCUCUAGAACAACAAAGAUUAGCGAAAAGCUGGUUCUCCUCCCCGACACCCAAGGCGACGACGACGAUGAGAGCGAGCUCGAACUUCUACAAAGGAUGCAAGACGAAGACAACAAGCCUCUAAGAGAUGAAGAACUCGAUGUCCUGCGCAAACGCGGCGGAAUUCGCGGCAAAUCAUACGCUGAGCGUCUUCCCAAGAUGCAACGAAAAGACAAAGUCAGCCGCUUAACAGCCUACUGCACCGCGCAGGCCUUCAAAAUCAAACAGACUGCCGAAUUCCUUCGCAAAACCCACGACGCAAAGACAAAGCUCUACGAUGACUGCUUAUACGUCAUUUACGCGCUGCCACUCAUGAAUGGUACGGACGGAUAUCGCGUCCGUGGCCGCCCCAUUCUCAAGACCCCUGGAACUGGCAAGACGGUUCUCGAUCUUGAAAUCGAACGCAGCGAGCAAAGCGACCACCAUGAAGGCUACUUUGAAGACGACGCGUUCACAAACCCACGCAGUCCAGAUCGCGAAAGCGCUCUCCGUGAGGCGACAUCCCCAGACUCUCAUCCACGACCCUUUAUGGGAUCCGACGACAUGACAUCGCCGAUGAACCGCCUGGCGCCAAACGCCAAAAACUACGCCGAAAUGUUUGUCUAUUCGUAUGGCGUGGUCGUUUUCUGGAAUUUUACGGAAUACCAAGAAAAGGAUAUUCUCGCAGACUUGACUUUUGCUGAUGCAGAGGACGGCAUCAAUCUCAUCACUCGCCCCCUCGAUCAAGACGACUACGAAAACGAAGAAUUCCAUUUCGAAUAUAGCGCAGACGCAAAACGCCCCCGCAUCUUCAACGACAUGAUCACUCUGAUGCCGCGGUCCGACCACAUGAUCAAGCUCACCAUCAGCCAUGCCAUCGCGCAGAGCACGAAGCUCUGCUUCUUCGAAGAACGCAUGAGUGAGACCAUGCUCGACGCACAAGAUGUGCCCAAGAAUCUUGCCCUCACUGGCGAACUCUCCAUGACCCGCGUCGAGAUUGUAAAGAUCCUCGGCCGUCUCUUCAAGUCCCGCGUGGACAUUAACCUCUCUUCCAAUAUUCUCGACGUGCCAAAUUUCUUCUGGGACUCCGAACCUACGCUCCACCCUCUCUACGCUGCUAUUCGCGAAUACCUCGAGAUCGAUCUACGCAUCAAGGUCCUAAAUGAGCGCUGCCGCGUGUUCCUUGACCUAGCAGAAAUCCUCUCCGACUCAGUAGCUGACGCCAAGAUGAGCUCGAUUACAUGGAUUGUCAUUAUUCUCAUCCUCGUCAGUAUCCUUGUUACUGUAACCGAGGUCGGUCUACGCUUCGCCUUGCUGGAACGUAACAACAACAGAGGCGAUGACCAGAACACCAUCACCAUCACACCGCCAGCCAAUGUUUCGUGGGCACCAGACGUCAAUGUAGAUGCACCUGUUCUGGAGUUACGUUCUACAGACCCUGCAAAGGACGAGGCGCUGGCAACGCUAGAGGUUCUCGCAAUGUCGCUUGGUCUCCCGGCAAACGCUUCGUUGGACGACGUGCAAACAAGCAUAUCAGAGUUGCAGCGAAGCGCGCAACAGGUUUCACCGUGAUUGCACCUACUCAAACUACACGUUCUUAUUAUUAUCUCUUUGUUAUUAUUGGGUAUUUGGAUAAUGUCCUGCAUUUUGUCGGCGUUUGGCGUUGCCCCCAAGGUCUGGGUCUUAUAGAAGCCAAGUCUCUAUAUACGUUUACAAAAACACCUUCACAUAGCUAUAGUUAUAUAUCAAACUUACUCACUUCGAAUUUACAGACACGCAGUGAUUGUUAAAGAAC